AUGGAAUACCCCACGUAUGAUCAACCGUAUAAACGCUAUUUGAUUCGGCCGGUGAAAGUCGGCGAAGUUUUGCAUUUGCUCGGCAAAGUGGCUCCAAAUCCGUACGAAUUUUGUUUAAACUUGAGCACCGAUCGAUCGCCGGUUCUGCAAAUUUGUCUGAAUUUCUUGACCACACCAAUUCCACUCCUUAAGUAUAUUGUUUUGGACGAAAAUGGACCGAAAUCGAGAUGGAAUGUCGAGAAUCCGUUUAGAGCCGAUCGAGAUUUCGAUUUACGAUUGCGCUUUUUGAAGGGAGCGAUUGAGAUUUUUGCCAAUCAAAAACCGAUGGGUCAUUUCACAGCUCCCGACAAUUUCGAUAUCAGAAAAGUGGCGCUCUUGGGGCACGUGGAAAGCCUACGCUUGUUUAAACUUUACGGUGAAGAGAACGAGGUUCCUUUUGAGGCAAAAGUCGACUUUUUCCCCAAUCAAACACCGCGAAUCGAUCUCGCCGGAUUGCCGAAAAGUUUCGAAAAAACCCAUCGACGACGAAUGCGUCGAAAAUUUGGAGUGAUCGGCAUGGGCGCUGGGGGGAAACCGGUAAUCAGAAAACCACCGACGACAUCGAGAUUAGCCGAAGUUGAAAAUCGUGCGCCUUCUGCACACUCCCGAUCACCGCAAACUCGAUAUUUCACAGACAUUUCUUCGAAAAACGCUUAUUUAAUGAGCUCAUCGUUCGAUGGCUACAUCAACAAUACAAAUAUCACUUCAAGCUCUUCAUCCACUUUAAGAGCAAGGCGAAUCGACAUAGACUUUCUGGAUCAUACCGGGAAUCGAUCUUUUCAACUUUCGAUUCGUUUCGAUGAGGGAGCAAUUGUGCGCAAUUCAUUUUAUUUUGGAGAAUGGCAAAACGAGGAAAGAGAUGGCGGAAUGCCGAUCGAUGCUGGAAAGAUUUUCGAUCUCACGAUUUUCAACAAUUCUGAUCAGUUGGAGAUUUUCUUCAACGGACGUCAUUUUUGCGAUUUUCGACAUCGAGAAAAGAGUUGGGCGUUGAGUCGAGUCAGGAUCGAGGGAGAUCUUGAGUUGCACUGGUUGCUUAAAAACGGGAUCGACGUCACAGAG